AGCUCUCUAAAACGCGACAAACCUAUCUCGAACUUACAAGCUUUACAACACGCCACACAACAACGUCUGACCUAUUUUCUUGGUUUCGCAAAGAUACUAUCAAUCGGUCAAGAUGAAGCUCGUUAGAUUCUUGAUGAAAUGUGCCAACGAGACGGUGACGAUUGAGCUCAAGAAUGGAACUAUCGUUCAUGGCACAAUCACAUCGGUCUCCCCACUAAUGAACACCGCCUUGCGAACGGUGAAGAUGACCCCACGCGGCCAAGAUCCCAUCUCCCUCGACACGAUGAACAUCCGAGGAUCUACAAUUCGAUACUUCAUCCUCCCCGACUCGCUUCCCCUAGACACCCUUCUCAUCGACGACUCGGUGAAACCCAAGAACAAGGCUCGCAAGGAAGCAGCAGACCGAGGUGGCCGAGGUGGAGGACGCGGCAGGGGCAGAGGACGAGGUCGUGGCCGUGGCCGAGGCAGACCUUAAGGUAGUCGUUGAUUUGGAUGGGUUGUUGGUAAAUAAUUCUUAAAGCACAACUGCGCCCUCUACGUGAUAGGAGAAGGCUAGCCGCAGUCCAGGCAAUGGAAAUGUUGUACUCGAGUACGGGGAGUGAGUGGGCAUUGCUCUUACGGCGUUGGGGAGGGGGGCACAUGAAAACCAUAAAGAAUGGCAAAAGCUGGUAUGGCUCCUUUGCACCUACUUAUUUCUUCACAUGAAGAGCUGAAGGCUCACGAGAAACAAUAAA